CCUCACCCGCCCCCCUGACUCCCCCUCUCCGGACAGCGCCCCGGUGCAUUGUGGGUGCAGUCCGUUGUUCAUUUGCCAUUCGACCUCGGCCGUGCAGGAAAGACGCGGCUGCGGCGCUAUCUCUUCCACGGUGCUCGGCUCGGGGCUGGACGAGGUGACGCUGGGGGAAGGAGGCCGGCUCUGUGCGACACGUCGGCCGCCGGGUGAGCGGCUCGGUGAGGCGUCUCCCUGUUGGUAGACACAUCCCGUCUCACCGGGCGGCGGCACGAGGAAGGGCGCGUGGCUGCCCCCCCACCCCCGGCAGGAGCUCGCGGUCCCCGGUUGGACGGUCCGGGAGACGCCGCCAUGGCGGAGAUGAACCGCAGGACCUUGGCCUUCCGGGGAGGUGGCGGCCUGCCCGCCGCGGGACCCCCUGUGAACAAUAACAACAACAAUGGCGUCGGCUCCGGGGUACUCUCCGUGGAGGAGGCCCCGGCCUGGGCCCUGGGCCGGCAGCUGAAUGGGGGAGGCGGCGGCGGCGGGCCGGACGAGGAGGAGGUGGAAGUGGAGCUGGACGCCGAGGGCUUGCUGGAUGACGACGAGGAGGAGUCCGAGGCCUAUCCUGGGGUGGUGCUGGGCGCCCGGGCGGAGCACCGGCAGAGUGCGGCGGGCAGUGCGGCGACCGGGGACAGCAGCGACGAUGACGACGAGGAGGAGGAAGAAGAGGAGGAGGACGAGGAAGCGGCGGCAGCAGCGGCCGGUCAGGGCGGGAGGGGAGAGCCGGCGGCCGCGGAGGAGGGAGAUGGGCCUCGGCGCUUCGGCCUGAUCCCCGCCGCCCGCUCCCAGUCCCUGAUGCCUAGCCUGCACUGCUCCUUCCAGGGCUCCUGGCUGCAGGAGUUCCCCUGGCUGCGUUUCUGCCAGGAGACCGGCCUGAUGUCCUGUGCCUGGUGCCACAAGGAGCCCGGCCACGGCGGCCACGACGAGCUGGCCAAGGGCACCCGCAACUACAAGCGGGUCCUGCUGCUCCGGCACUGCCAGACCGCGGAGCACCGGCACGGCGACCCCGCAGCCCAGGAGCCUGAAAUAAAACAGGAAGUGCCAGAAAGCUACAGUGACUAUAGCACUAAGCCAAAUGAGAAUUCCUACUGCUAUCAGCUUCUGCAAGAACUCAAUGACCAGAGAAAGAAAGGCAUUCUUUGUGAUGUCAACAUAGUGGUAAAUGGCAAGGUGUUCCGCGCUCACAAGAAUAUCCUGGUUGCAGGCAGCCGCUUUUUUAAAACCUUAUAUUGUUUCACAAACAAAGAAAGCCGUGACCAAACCACUGUAACGUACUUGGACGUUGUUGCUAUCCAUGGUUUUUCAGUCAUCUUGGACUUCAUGUACUCUGGUAACCUUGUACUUACCAGUCAAAAUGCCAUUGAAGUAAUGACCGUGGCCAGCUAUCUACAGAUGACGGAGGUUGUCCAGUCAUGUCGUAAUUUCAUCAAAGAUGCCUUGAACAUAAGUAUAAAAUCUGAAGCUCCAGAGACCGUUGUUGUAAGCUAUAACAAGAGAAAGAAUAAAGAUGGGGUUCCUUCGCGGGAUCAGAAAACAGCCAGCUUCUGGGCCACCCGCAAUCUUACUAGUUUGGCAACCAACGCAAAGCUGGAGACAGAUGGAUUCAAUUUAGAUGAAACGCCUACUGAUAACUUCCAAGCCAAUGAUUCUACUUGGAUUCAGGACAGCUCUCCUGAAGUGACAGAAAUUGAGCCCCCCGCUCAGGGAAAGGUGUUUGUGUGGAAUGAUAUGGGUUCUAAUUCAGUCAAUGUACAAGAGGCCAGCAAGCCAAGGCGGAAAAACCAAACUACGAAAAGAUUUGUUUAUAACAUCCCUCCGAACAGUGAACUUCAGGUAGAUGGUAAUACAAUGCUCCAGCAACCUGUUCCUUACCAAGAAGACGAUGUGCAGUGCUUUCAGGAUGGAGCAGGACCCUCAAGUGAGUUUAAGUUCGGUAUGUUCCCAGAAUCGUGGCCAAGAGAAACGUGGGAAAACGGAGAUGCUUCAGCUGGGCUUAUGAAUAAGUUAAAAUGUCCUCACUGCAACUAUGUAGCAAAAUACAGAAGAACACUUAAGAGACACUUACUAAUUCACACUGGGGUGAGAUCCUUUAGCUGUGACAUUUGUGGAAAGCUGUUUACCCGCCGAGAACACGUCAAGAGACAUUCCUUGGUGCAUAAGAAAGACAAGAAAUACAAGUGUAUGGUGUGUAAAAAGAUAUUCAUGCUGGCAGCGAGUGUAGGAAUCCGACAUGGCUCUCGGCGCUAUGGAGUUUGCGUAGACUGUGUGGAUAAAUCCCAACCAGGGCUUCAAGAGUCUGGAGUAGAACAGGUGACGGACCCAGACUUUCCUAGGGAUGAAGAGUAUGACGAUAAUGACCCUGUGGAGACAGUGGAUGCAGACGACGACCUAGUGGAUGAAGGAGAAGAUCCAAAUGACCAUUCCCGUUGGUCAGAGCAAAAUGACCCCUCGCGCUGGGGAGAUCAGAACAAUUCCUCACAGUGGGAGCGACAGAAACCCCAACCUCGGUGGGACGAGUCAGGAGACGUUUGUAUGACAAUAGAUGACUGACUGCCAAUUGGCAUUUAAACUCAAGGGUGCUGCAGCUGGAUGUGGGUGGAAAGCUGAGGGUUGAAACGUUAUUGGACUGAAGGCUUAUUAAAUAUGGUACUCUGCUGGACAAUAGUUGUUGCUGUGAAAACUGUAGGGUCAAAGCCUUAUAGCAAAAAAAGUUUAUUUUCUUUUUUUUUUUUUUAUUUGCACAGGACUGUACAGAAUACAACCGUGUUUGGUUGAAAUUUACAGAGUCCUAACAUCUCCAAUCAGUUAUCAAAGAAAUGUAUUUUUAUUUAUAGGAUAUAGCUAUGUUGGUCCUAUCAAAGCCUAAAAAAAAACUACUAUUGUAAUGUUAAUUAUGUGUAUCAGUUAAGUUUUGUUAGAAUGGAGAGAUUAUGUCGAAUCAAGGUAUGAAUGUGAUGUCCUUUACACUACUACAAGAGUGAAUUAAUGUUCAGUCUUUUACAUGCGUUGCUAAUCCCUCUUCCCCCUGUAAGGAUGCAACUGCUUUAAGCUCAAAUGCAGACCCUUCUCAAAUGGGUUACGGGCGAGGUUCCACAUUUUGUUAGCAAGUUUGUGAUGAAGAUUGGUUGAAAGGAAACAAAAAGGAAAACAAAAACAAAUCAUGGCUUGUGUUGGAUCACAUUUCUCCCACCUGUAGAAAUUUAGGGUUUUGAAUGAUUCACUGUAAUUGUAUUCACAUUUUGUUAAGUUAUUUUUUUUUAGUCUUGUCGAUUCUUUGUUGGCGCCCCCUAUGUGUUCACCGCUCUGUCCUUGGAAUUCAGGUCACGCCAAGUGUUUCAGUCACGUGUUUGUGAUACGAUGAUAUCACGAGCUAUGAUGAAGUCAGGUCUACAUUUUGCAUAAUAUAAAGGGAUUACCGAACAGAAAUGAUCAGCAAGUCUCUCUAGACUGCAGUCGUCUUUCUAGUUCAGUCACUUGCUCAUAAAUUGCUGCUUUUUAAUAUUAACAAUGUUUUUCAUAGACUAUGGGUGAAUGUAAUCUUUAAUAGUCUGGCAAUGUAGAUUCCUGCAAAUGACCCUCAUAGUUAGGAUUUCAGUUCAUGUUUAAAGCUGGGUAUACGUUCUACCAUUCUUCCCAGAUUCCUGACUUUAGCACUUGGCUAAUUAUGCAUAAAUUAUUUUACAGAUGUAAAUUAUUUUAUUUUAUUCUGUUUUAACAACUGGCCUCUGUUAGAGCAGACACUCUGUUCCCCCUUAUGUGCUACAACAUCCCAGUUAGUCAUGUCUAACCAGGUGGGUUGGAUUAAUUUGAUUAUGCAUUAAUAAAUAGCUCCUUAAUUCAGGGACAAUUUCCGAAUACGAGAAGUCAUCUAAGAAAAUGAGUUCAAUUGGCUCCUCUCUGACCUGCUAUAUUGAUUAAAAUUGAAACACACACAGAAUAUUACUAAAUCUGGGUCGGAUGUAUUAAGCCUGGAGAAGGCAUAAGGAAGUGAUAAACCAGUGAUAUGUGCAAGGUGAUAAAGGCACCAGCCAAUCAGCUCCAAUAUGUAAAUUAACACUUAGGAUCUGAUUGGCUGCUGCCUUUAUCACCUUGCACAUAUCACUGGUUUAUCACUUCCUUAUGCCUUCUCCAGGUUAAUACAUCUACCCCUCUGUUUCUUAAAGUCAAACGCAUAUUGAUUCUGGAUCUAAUGGUCUGUAGGGUUGCACAGGUGUUUCUGUGGGAUGUUUCAGGCACUUUCCACAGAAGGAACCCACAUUAGGCGCUCUGUGGAUGUAGUCCCCGGACCUGGUGUAAGGUCACCGCGUAAUAAUGAGCAGCGUGGUUUGGUUGCACAGAGCUUACACUAUCCUAUAUGUACUGUAUGACGCUCUGGACCCCUUUCUUGUUUUAUAAUAGGUUGAAACUGAAUUGUGAUAGCUGUUUGGAGUUUUUAUGUAGACUGCCAGGCAAUUCUGAGUGCUCAAACAGAUUUCUUAUUUGUUAAAUAAAUGCUUUAUGAUUGCCCCUUCUGUUAAUAGGAAUAUCAUGUCGGGUUGAGUUUUUCAAAUGUGUAUAAACUGCAAUUAUCUCUUACAGUUUUAUUAUUUAUUUUAUAUAUAUAUAAAUAUAUUUUUAUUUUUUGGAGGGGGGAGCAAUAUUGCAAUGACUAUCUAUUUAGAAGAACAAUAGAUUAGCUAAUUCUAAUGUCUCGCCCCCUUACAAUUUUUAAUUAUUUUGUUUCUUACACCAGCUCACGCGGUGACGACCGUCUCUGGGUCUGACCCUGGUACGGUUUAAGCUGGAGCUACUUUUUCAGGUGGUUGAUUAUAAGACCUGUUCAGCUAAGAAAGAGGAAAUGAAGCAUUUCAGACCAGCAGGAAACAUUUAAUAAGUGGCCACUCCGGAUUUCUUCCAUCAUCUUACUAAAUGGGGCAAAUGUAAUAGGUUCCGGGUUUGCCAGAGGUGCGAAAUGCUGAUUUCAGAGUUUUUUUUAAUGCGGCAAUCGUUGUUGCUGCUUCAAAAAUACCUCCACAAUCAGCCGGCAUCCCACACCGCCGGCAAACUCUGACCCUAUUACAUACGGCCAAAUAUCUUUGCUGCCUAAAUGAUACCACAUUCAGUAACAGUCCCGCGUAUAUGAUAAGGAUUGCAUUUCUGCAGUCAGAAUAUCUCCUUUACGUCACUGAAAGCAUAAUACCUCCUAAACUUGUAACCUUUUCCACUUGAUGAUUUUUUGUUUUUUUUGUUUCUGGUGGGGUCCAAAAUAAAUUUUUGUUUUAAAAAGAGUGUAUUUUAAACAUGUUCUGCUUUUGUGAAUAUGUAAGUAGUGUAUGUCAAUUCUUUUUUUCCCCUUCUCCAUUUCUCAUCUAGACUCCUAUAAAUAGUUUAAAUAAUUUGCUCCUUGUAGAACUGUCAAUAUAUACAUAUAUAUAUAUAAAUAUUUAAAUAUUAUAAUAUAUAUACAUUUCACAAAAUUCUGCUUUAUUAGGAGCAAACUCACUCAGAGCUUAGAACCUUGGACCUGGCUUUAAAUUCUGUUGUGCUUUUCUUUUCUUUUUUUUUCUUUUUUUUCUUCACAAGAUCUUAUUCUAUUGAAACAGAGUUGUUUUCCUACUUCAAUCAUUUAUGUAUAUUCGAUAAAUUAUGACCAAAUGUGAUGUUAGAUUGCAUACAGUAAAUUUAAAUAUACACUUGGUACACUAUUAUUGUUGUGGCUUUUAUUUGGCUUGCCUGUUUUAAUUAAAUCGGUCACAUGA